AUGAAGGAUGCCACCCAGGUGGUGUGCAGAGUCGCGGAUCGGCCGCACCGCGACCUCAUCUCGGUCGAAUCAGGCUACGGAACCCCCCCGGCCCUGGAGGGGCGCUCCUGCCUCUACGUCUUGCGCUACUCGGCGCUACUUGGCGGCGGAGGAGGCAACGGUGCCAGCGGCGGCGGCGACGAAGGGCGUGGAGUUGGACGAGAGCCCUCCUCAGAAGCUGUCGUGGCGGAGGGGGGAGGAGGACACGCACACGGGGAAGCAAGAACAUUGUCGGGGGAGGGGGAGACUGAGGUCGGGAAGCCUUCCUCUGCCGGCGGGGGAACGGGCAAGGGCAAGGGCAAGGAGGACGAGGGGGAGGAAGAAGCCGGCGUUUGGUUCUACGUCGGAGAGAGCGACUGCAUCCGGGAGAGGCUCAAGCGGCACGCCAAGAGGUGGGGAGACGGCAGGGGCAGCGGCGGCGGUGGCGGCGCAAGAUCCUUCAAGCUGGACGCCGUGGUUGUCCCAGUGGAGAACAGGAGCGAGGCCCGGCGGCUGGAAACAGCCUUGAUUCGGGCUAUGAAGGACGAAGGCUUCCACCUCGUGUCGGACAAGGAUGGCUCUAGGACCCACUUCUCUUCUUGGAAAUAG